CACCCCAGCAAGGUGAGCAUCCAGGCAUUUCUCGAGCAUACGCCAGAGUAGGUGCUUGCACCGCUUCUGCGGGGAGUCUAUUCCAGGCUCUGGAAACUCGGAUGGUAAAGAAGUUUUUCCUUCUGUCCUUUCUGCAACCAUAUAAACCCCAGUCGAAGCACCACGGCUCUGCUGCUGUGGACGGACAAAUGGAUGGUAGCAGCUCUGGGAGCAACUCCUCAGACCCGCUGCUGCAAUAGCUUGGCUGCUUGUCGUAACCCAGUGGGCACCCGCAAAGCUGCCAGCCGGGUCCCGCUGCUGUUGCAUAGGGCCCCGAGCUGCAGCAAGGGGGUCAGAGGACUAAGGCAGAGGCUGAGAAAAGGAUGCAGCUGUUGGAAUAGACCCUUGUAGCUAGAGUUCGCUUCCUUGGGUCACGCGCGAGUAGGAAGCAGGUUAAGAGUAUGCCACAGGCUUCCCUGAGACGCAGCCACUGCCAGCUCCAAGGUUUGGUGCUUUGUUUGGCUAGAUCUGUGUUUCUCAACCUUUAUUUAUUUAUUUAUUUUUAAUUCCAGGUGCCCUAUCUUAAAAACUCAUUCAUGUAUUGCAGAGGGGCUGGGCAGGAGCCAGCAAGGGAGUGCCUGAACCCACCCUUAUUUGCUUUUCUCCUGGCACCGGGAGAUACACCUGCCCUUAUCGGCAUUAUCUCCUCUUGCUUCCUGGGGCACCCUUCAAAGGCUCUCGUGGCACCCUGCUUGAGAGUCACUGGGCCAGACAACUAGCCCUUCCUUCUGCACUCCUGCCAACUCCUGCUUUCCGUUUCAUGCUCUUCCCCGGUCCGUACUUCAGUCUCGCUGGCUCCAGCUAUGUGCCCUUGUCCUUGAGCAAAGCCAUGGGCUCUCAGCUGCUGGAACACAGUUUCGUUCACAGGGCAACUGAGUGUGCUAUAAUAAGCCUUUGAUCCCAGUCUCUUCCCCCUGUAAUUAUGGGCAGGGCGGUGCAGAGCCGCAAGGUUUUCGCCCCUCCCCGUGGAAGUUGCAGCCCAGGAACGUGAAAACGGCUCUUAUCCUGCAGCCAGCGGGAGUGGUCUGUGCGAGCCGGGAGCCCUGUUGAGCGUAUGCGUGGGGGGCCGGGUAAUGCAGGCUGUCUCUGGUCUCCGCCAGCAGUAGCACAAGCCGAAUGUCCCCUGCCAGGGGCAGGGAAAAGCCCAGCCAUAAUGUCCCCUCCCCUCUGCCCUGUUCUUGCAGCCUAGCGUCUCAUCUUACACCCGGGUCUCCAGCUGCUGUGACUCGAGGUUGUGCAAUGCCUGUCCGGAAGCCGUGUUUCUUGCCCUUGAGAGAGGCACUGCUCCCACUGACGCCCUGUGAGCAAGCGUCGCUAGAGCAGUGACCUCUUCUCUGCUUGGCAGAGCCUGGGAGGCAGGUGUGGAGAGAGGGACAGGACAAGGGUCAGUGGUUGCUCACUGGCGUAGGGCACGCUGGUUCCUGCUGCCUCGUAGCAUGCUGGCAGGGCCGUGCCCAGGAAUAGACUAUCGUGCUUCGAGCAUCUGCUGCAGAUUCCUGGCUACGAGAGCCAUCACGAGCGCGCCAGGUCUGCACCGCCCUGGUCACCCCCGAGUCCUCGUCGCUAGCAGCAGGUUGGGAGGCAUCUUGUCUCAGCCUCCUGUCGUGGAGAUGCCAGCCCUGAUGUCAGCCAGCUGGCACAGAGCAAGGCAUGUCCUCUGACCCUUGCAAAGAAACUGCGGGGAAUAGGCCGGAGGGCUGAAUUGUAGCUUGAACUGGCACAGUGGAGCGGUACUUGUGUCCUGCAGCUAGAGUAUCAAAUCCAUGAUAGUACCAGCCUGCUCCUGGCACUCUGAUGACAAGACAGGCUCGGGCUGUCUCCUUCACAUCACUUGUCUGCUGUCUCAGGGCUCUCUAGACGUGCCUUAAGUCAACCUAGUCAUUGUGGUAACGGUCUGGGAGGGAAAGCAGCCCUCUCCCGACUUAUUGCUUGGAUCUAGAAAGACUCGCUCUGUGCUCAGAUGCUUCCUCUCAGCUGCUUUGGCCAAAACGAGCGCCGUGUUUGAAGCGUUCACAUCUCACUUAGUUAUACCCUGGUCUUGUCUGGAAAGCUCCAGACUUUGCCCCAAAUCUUGGGAGGGCCGGGAGGGUGCUUGGGACUAGCAGAAAGUGGCACGGAAACUGGGGCAAAGGCAUCUUUGGGCUUUGUGCUGCCUCCCCCGGACCUGUCCCGUGGCAGACCUGAACCGGGGAAUGUGGAACUGGCCCACGCCUUUUCCAUGGGUGGGGACACGGGCUGCUUCCCAUUUCCCACGCAGCUCAGCUGGCCACGGAUGCCGGCGUCUGUUUGGAUCGAAAACAAACCUGAAAAUCAGAUCUGGCUUUUAAUGAGGCUCUCCUCCAUCUUUCUCUUUCUCUCCAGGUGCACAGAUCCUGGGUGAAGGUUCAUAGCACCCGAGCAGCUGGGCUGGCUCCCAGCAUCGUGGUGGCAUGAGGAGCACCCGGUUGGUCUCGGGAGGGUGUGGGGAGCCCUUUCCACUGGCAAGUGUCAGGGUGUUGGUAAAUGAUUUUGGGCAGGGUGGUUUGCUGGCCUGGUUGGAGUCGGAGCAGGAUGCGAUCCGAGCUUGGCCGGUGAGAGCACCCCAGCGGAGGCCUAGCCUGCAGCGUGGCCAUGCUGCCCUAACUUCCCCCUUGGAUGGGGAAUGCCUAAACGUGCUUGCGAUCUGUGUUUUGGCAGCUGUUUAGUGCAAAGCAGGGAGGCAAGCCUGUGUGAAAGGGCCGAUGCACGCUGACCCCAGGGGCUCUGCACCCUUUGCUGGGCUGUGAAGCCUGGUCCGCACCCCAGCGUGGCAGCCGUGUGAAAGAAGAACAUGUAAUGCCUCCCUGGGAGAGCUGUGCUGCGGUCCUCUAGAGCAUAGCCGCCCAGGGUUUGCAGGCUACCGUGUCCUCCAAGCAGACCAGUCUGCUCCACGCUGCCUCCCGCUGCGCCUGCAGCCGGACGUGGCAUUUGCUUUCCAGCUUGCUGCCUGCCUUCUGGGCUCGCUGCCAUGCCUUGUUUUAGCAGCUCGGCUUAACUGGCAUCUCGGUCUGGAAUGACUCUGGAAGAGCUCUUUUACAUGCAGCUUAGCUGUGGAGACGGCAAUAGCAGCUCCGACAGCUCGGGAGAGGCCCAUGCCACGGCUGGGGAGAGGCUUUUUGGCAAGAUGUGGGAGACCAGAGCUCUGCCGCGCACGAAUCAUCAAAAAUGUUGUCAAGACCUUCAAAUACCUUUAUGGCCUGAGGUUUGAAGUGAAAGGGCUGGAGAACUUCAAGGUGGGCAGCCCCUGCGUCAUCGUGUCAAACCACCAAAGCAUCCUGGACAUGAUGGGCUUGAUGGAAAUCCUUCCAGAUCGCUGUGUUCAGAUUGCCAAGAAGGAGCUUUUGUACACGGGCAGCGUGGGACUAGUCAUGUACCUGGGCGGUGUCAUCUUCAUCAACAGGAAGAGCACGAGCAAUGCCAAGAUGGUGAUGGCGGAUGUUGCCAAGACCAUGCUGUCCGAGAACGUGAUGGUAUGGAUCUACCCAGAGGGCACGAGGAAUGGGAACGGUGACCUGUUGCCAUUCAAGAAGGGAGCCUUUCAUCUCGCCAUACAGGCACAGGUCCCAGUCAUUCCCGUGGUGUACUCCUCCUUCUCCUCGUUCUACGACCGGAAGAAGAACCUGUUCACAUCAGGUAAAAUCCGGGUCGAGGUUCUCGAGCCCAUUGAGACCAAGGGUCUGACCCCAGAAGAUGUCACUGAGCUUACCAACAGAUGCUACUCCACCAUGAGGGAGACCUUUUUCAGACUGUCGGGUUUAGUGAAUGAACCAAAUGGCCCUGCCCGGACCCAUUUGCAGUAACUUUGCCGUAUGUCGGGAACUGAGAGGACUCUUUCCACUGCCAAAGAUAUCCAAGGGGUUUUUCUUUCUGUGCAGCCAGCUUGGAGCCCGUUCUGACUCUGCUGCGAGUAACGUAGGUUGGCAAGCGGCAUGCCGGGCCGGCUCCGCAAUUCUGUUGUGUAUCAAAUCUCUCUUGUGGGGUCCUUGAUUCCUGUUGAAAUGUCUCCUGCAUUUUGAGUUUCUCCUACACCCAGCUCAAACUAAUGAGAGGCUCUGUGCCCAAUGCAGUGACUUCAUGACCACUAGUGGAGGCUUGGGUAUUACCUCUGGCCAGGUUGGUGUUUUGUAAGCCAGCCAGUCCAGGGGAUGUUGGAGUAUGCACCUCCAAGAGCUCACUGCCCAGCUUGACGUUCCCCGUUGCAAUGGGCACGUACAGGAUUAAUGCAGCAGUCGUCCUCAUGCUGCCAGCUUCUGGUACCCAUGCUCUGGAUCUUGGCACGAGGUGGUGGCACUGAUCCCAGGCAAGUCUCUUGCUCACAGUGGGCAGCUGUUUUUUUCUGAAGGUGCCUGCCCAGCACCAGGUCCUGAUGGCAGCUCCAUUCUUUGCAGCGUCUUACCAAUUGCAAAAGGCACAAGUAGGGCAGGCUUGCACUAAAGAGCUGCUCUGGCCGGGAGGUGGAAAAGAACCUCGCCCCGCCGGCCUGUACGGCUGUGCUAGCAAACCCCUGGUAUGGACACGCGGGUCUGAAAGCUGUGUAUGUGAGAUCACCAGAUGUUUAGGAAGGCCAUGUUAACAUUUGGGAGUCCUGCUAUCCUGUGCGGUGUUUCCACUAGAGGGCUGUCCCGGUACAGUAUAGCAACACUAGCGCUCUUAGAGAAGCCUACGGCAUCUGUAAAAACCAUUGGCGAGCUGUUCUUCUGUCCUGGUAGGAGGAUGAAUGACCAGAGCCAGUGACUUCCCACAGGAUAGAAGUAUGGAUGAUGCUCUUUGAGGCAUGAUUUAAGGAGGAUACAUGCAGCUCUUAUUUUCCCCCCCCCCCCCAUCUACCCCAGAGCAGAACCGGGAAGCAAAGCAGAGGAUCUUGUACCUAAGAUCUCCACUAACCGUUCUGGCCUUCUUGCAGGGGAAGUUAACUUCUUUAAAUGCAGAACUUGCCAUAGGUGAAGCUGGACAAGGAUGGGUGGAAUUUGUGGCAUUGGCUACCCUGAUGUCUCUUCUAGAAAUCGAGCUUCCACAUCCAAGAGGGACAAGUUUUGGUUUUUUAGGACUUUUUUUGAGGGAUGGGGUGGAUGUGAAGAGGUCACGUCCAACACACAUCUGGUAUGUCUUGUGUUUGGAUGAAGCCUCUCUGGUGUCUUGCCAGAAGGCAGCUCCCCAUGGGUAUGUCAUUUUUUUUUGUAAAUACAGGACCUGUUCUGCAGCAGUAAGGCCCAAGUACUAAAAUAACAGGCUGAUACACAUCCACGAGACCUUAACGUGAUGUCUCCACGCUCUGGAAUUGCCACUAGCAUCUCUGACCCCUGUAUGAUCUCAUUCCUUACCACGUGCCUUGCUCAUGGCAUAGUAUGAGACCCAGUGGGAUACUAGGGAGGUGCAGAUUGCUCGGGACAGUCCCUUGGUAUCAGUUGUGUUGUAGGUUGACAUUUUUGUCAUGUGUUUAAUUGGGUGUGUCCUAAAAUACCUGUUGCUUAUUGACCUUAAGGGCUAUGCAAUGUUGAUCUAACCCCUUGAAUUGCAGCGUUGACCAAAGCACAAGGCUUGUUCCAGCUUGUCUGAGAACAUUUAGCCUUGCUACCACUAGCCGAGGUGGUUGUAAAAGCAAUGUAAACUGGUGUGGGACGUGCACACUGAACAGGCCAAACGGGUUGCGUGGAGGAUAGCCUUUUGCUGCCACUUUCUGGGCAUAAAAAAAUAAAAAUCCCAGGGAUUUGAUGGACUCAGAAGCCUUAAAUGCAGAUCUGCGAGUGUUGCCUCUGCCUUGUAAAGAUGGAGUCAAGGUGCGCCUAACCUCCUGUCCAAGGGGCAGAGGUGGAGACGGAGAUCUCAGCAGCUGAGGUGGUUCUGCUUGGCUGCCAAGGAUGCCCAGUCCAGGGCUCAAACACUAAACUACAACUGGAAGUAACCAAACAAGAGGACCCUCAGUUGAAUUUGAGUUUACAAGCCAACACAGAGGUGCCCAUCUGAGGCCAUCCAUCUGUGGGGUGCAUCUGGAAGGGGAUCUGAAUUGAAAUCAAACCAGCACUUUCUUUUUGUGUGUGUAAGAAGAGCAGACAAGUGGCUGCAUAAUGGAGGCAAACCACCCUGGAGCUGUCCUAGGCUUCUGGCCCCAGGCUCCCGUCGAGGAAAAGCUGGGGAGUGGGCGUCUGACUUUGCUGAAGAGAACGAUCUUGCAAGUAUUGCUCUUGUAUUUGCCUAUGGAGAAUGGAAAAGUGCCUCUGUGCAGUAAGGGAGUUGCCUGCUGCUCUGUACUGAACAUAAUGUAUGGAAGGAAUGCAUCUACUUUUUAUAAAAGCAGUUAUUUCAA